UGGUGAUGCAUAUAUAAACCCAAUGCGAACUGUAUUCCACAAUAGAUACCUAGGAACCUGUUAGAAGAAGCUGCAUGAGAAAAAGAACCCCUACAUGUGGUUUUAUCUCUGACUUCAUCAUCAUGAGACUGUCUCCGGCUUCACAACAUCUUCUGCUGCUCCUCUUAUCUGUCCUGUCACUCACAAACCCCUCAUUGGCCAACACCACAGAUCCAUCAGUCAAUACAACAAUAACUCCAACAACAACUGCACAGCCAUGGACAGUAAACCCCUCGUUGACCACCACCACAGAUCCAUCAGUCAGUACAACAACUGUUCAGUCAUGGACAGCGCCAGCAAUAUUUUAUCCAUUUGGCUCAGCAGCAGGAGACACUGAACAUGUUGAAACUGGUGGUGAAAGCUACUAUUAUGUUGGUCUUUCAACUCCAUUUAAGUUCUUCGGCCGAACAUACAACCAGAUAUAUGUCAAUUAUAAUGGACUCCUUACGUUCAACGUCCCUUCAGUGUCAGGACUAUACAAUCCCACCAGAGGAACUGAAGAUUUCAUUGCUGCGCUCUGGAAUGACUUUGAUGACAAUUACAGUGGUGUAUUCUCAUAUCAGCAGUACACCAAUGGAAGCGUCCUCAGUCGCGCCUCUCAGGAUAUCAACCAGUAUUUCUCUCAAGUGAACAUCAAUGCUGAUUGGGUCUUUGUCGUCACUUGGAGAUAUGGAUCUCAGCCAAACCCGGCAAUCCUGUUUCAAGUAGUUUUAAUUUCAGGUAGUGGUCAGUCUUACUUUCUGAUGAAUUAUGGUGACUGCGGUAUGUUAUAUGGUCAAGUGGAGGCUGGAUAUGACACAAUAAACUCCACAUACCAUUUUGUAAUCCCUGAUUCAUCUAAUGGCAACUACCAAAGCCUGAAGAACACGACUAAUGUAAAUGUUCCUGGUCGCUGGACAUUUAGUGCAUGGGCAGCACCAGCAAUAUUCUAUCAGUUCGGCUCAGCAGCAGGAGACACUGAAUAUUCUUUAAAUUCUGAUGAAGGCUAUUUAUUAAUUCCCUUCUCCAUUCCAUAUACAUUCUUUAACCACGCGUACAACAGCUUAUAUGUUCAUUUUAACGGACUCAUUACUUUCAACCAACCACAACCCUCAUCUGGACCUAACUAUAAUCCCAGCAGAGGAGCUGAAGAUUUCAUCGCUCCGCUCUGGAGUGACCUUGAUGACUAUUAUAAUGGUAUGUUCUUGUAUCAGGAGUACACUAAUGGAAGUGUCCUCACUCGCGCCACUCAAGAUAUAAACCAGUAUUUCCCUCAGAAUAACUUCACUGCUUCUUGGGUCUUUGUCGUCACUUGGAAAUAUGGACCACAGCAAAACCCGGCAAUCCUGUUUCAAGUGGUUUUGAUAUCAGAUGGCUAUUUUUCUUUCUUUCUGAUGAAUUAUGGUGACUGCGCUGUACUUUAUGAACAAGUGGAGGCUGGAUAUGACACAAUAAACUCCAUAUACAACUUUGUAAUUCCCGAUUCAACUAACGGCAACUACCAAAACCUGAAGAACACGACUAACGUAAAUGUUUCUGGUCGUUGGGCAUUCAUCGCAAGCAAUGAAUCAGUCAUUACAACAACAACAACAACAACAACAACAACAACAACAACUACAACAGCCCCAACAACUGUUCAGUCAUGGACAGCGCCAGCAAUAUUUUAUCCAUUUGGCUCAGCAGCAGGAGACACUGAACAUUUUGAAAAUGGUGGUGAAAGCUACUAUUCUGUUGGUCUUUCAACUCCAUUUAAGUUCUUCGGCCGAACAUACAACCAGAUAUAUGUCAAUUAUAAUGGACUCCUUACGUUCAACAUACCUUCAAUGUCAGGACCAUACAAUCCCACCAGAGGAACUGAAGAUUUCAUUGCUGCACUCUGGAAUGACUUUGAUGACUAUUACAGUGGUGUGAUCUCAUAUCAGCAGUACACCAAUGGAAGCGUCCUCAGUCGCGCCUCUCAGGAUAUCAACCAGUAUUUCUUUCAAGCGAACAUCAAUGCUGAUUGGGUCUUUGUCGUCACUUGGAAAUACGGAUCUCAACCAAACCCGGCAAUCCUGUUUCAAGUAGUUUUAAUUUCAGGUAGUGGUCAGUCUUACUUUCUGAUGAAUUAUGGUGACUGCGGUAUGUUAUAUGGUCAAGUAGAGGCUGGAUAUGACACAAUAAACUCCAUAAGCCACUUUGUAAUCCCUGAUUCAUCUAAUGGCAACUUCCAAAACCUGAAGAACACGACUAAUGUAAAUGUUCCUGGUCGUUGGACCUUUAGUGCAUGGGCAGCACCAGCAAUAUUCUAUCAGUUUGGUUCAGCAACAGGAGACACUGAAUAUGUUUCUUCUGAUGAAGGCUAUAUAUCCAUUCCCUUCUCCAUUCCAUAUACAUUCUUUAACCACACAUACAACAGCUUAUAUGUUCAUUUUAACGGACUCAUUACAUUCACCCAACCACAACCCUCAUCUGGACCGACCUAUAUUCCCACCAGAGGAGCUGAAGAUUUCAUCGCUCCACUCUGGGGUGACCUUGAUGACUAUUAUAAUGGUGUGUUCUCGUAUCAGCAGUACACUAAUGGAAGUGUCCUCACUCGCGCCACUCAGGAUAUCAACCAGUAUUUCCCUCAGAAUGACUUUGUUGCUUCUUGGGUCUUUGUUGUCACUUGGAAAUAUGGACCUGGGCAAAACCCGGCAAUCCUGUUUCAAGUGGUUUUGAUCUCAGAUGGCAGUCUUUCUUUCUUUCUGAUGAAUUAUGGUGACUGCGCAUAUGGUCAAGUGGAGGCUGGAUAUAACACAAUACAUUCUAUAUACAACUUUGUAAUUCCCGAUUCAACUAAUGGCAACUGCCAAAACCUGAAGAACACGACUAACGUAAAUGUUCCUGGUCGUUGGGCAUUCAUGGCUGGAUCAGAAAAUGUUGUAGGACUUCAAGUGAGACUUCAGUCAUUUUCAGACCUAACAAAGAAGGAAGACGUUGAGACUGUUUUGCAGCAAAUAAAACAAAUGCUGUUAGAUCGUGGACUGUCAAGUAGUGUCGUGAUGAAGAUAAGAAAAGUCGAGAAGACAAAGCCGUAGCAUCAGCCUCAUGGAAGUGAAUUAAAACACAGAACAUCGCUGCAGUUGAGGAUGUUGUUACCAUUGAUAAAGAGGAAAUGUCACUUCACAAGAAGGAAACCUUAAUAUUUUUUCACUCUUCAGCUUUCUUAUGAUGGACAAUGAUGUAUAAAAAAUUAUUACAUGAACUAUAUAUGUUCCAGCUCUUUUCUAUGUUGAUUCAGUUUGAAUAAUCAUUGGUCCAAUCUUUUGUUAAAGUCUAAUCUAACUGAUCUGUAGUAUGCAAACCAUGAAAUUCAACAUGAUCUUCCACUACUUAUGUAAGAUGAUUAAUACUUGACCCUGUUGUGAAUUACUUUCUUUAACAUUUAACCCCCUGAAUAGUCCCUUUUAAAUAACAAAACAUAAAUGUAAAUUGUUUUUAAACAACUUUGUAAUAGAGGUUGUCUUUAACAAUAAAUGAGACUUGACAUCA